AAUAACCUUUAAUUUUAGGAAUUCGGUUUAUCAAAUGUCCACUGGAGACCUCAAGAAUCAUGGUACUAGACUACAGUCUUUACUCCGAACGACCAAGUAUUCUACUGACAUCAAUUACCAAUCUUUGUUUUACGGAUGCCCCCAAGAGUAUCUUCCUCUACUCCACUAUUUGUUCCAAGAUUAUUCGCUAUCCUUUUCCAAGUAUCUGUUAAAGCAGGGUUACGAAAUGAGUGGUAAAUCAGAUAAACAGUUCAUUGAUGUUGUUUACAAAGUGCUUCGGGAUGAGUUUGAAUAUGUCCCAAGGCUAAGCAAAGACAAAUUCUUCAGUAACGGAUUCACAGAGCAAAAGCUCAUCCUCACUAAUUCAAUUUAUCAGUAUGUCAUUGACAAGUGUAGAAGUUUUAGAAAACAGAAGCCCAAGAACGUAUCCAACAAGGAAAAUGCUAAUCCAAACAAAACGAGAUCAGUAAACAAGCAGAUUCCUAAAUUUGAUCAGUCAUCGUUAGUUGCAGUCGAACUGCCUGAUGAGACUGUUGAACCAGAGGAAGUUCCACUUCCCUGCCCCGAGCACUCCCCCAUGAGGAGGGCUCCUCAACCCAACAUCUCUCAACCCUACGACUUGUCUGAUGUGAUUGAUGAAAGUAUUAUUGAGAUUCCCAUAGAAAACAUACAGAGCAUACCCCCUGCAACUCCACAGACCAAAGUUUACAGCGAGAUGGGAGCCAGGGAGGUCUUUGCACUUGAUCAUUUGACUGCUAAUCCAAUGGAGAUUGUGGACAGUACGCCCCACACAGUUCUGAACAGUGUUCAGUUAGUACCUGUUGGUGAGACAUGUGAGAUGAUCCCUGUUAGUGUUACUAGGGAGGUCGAGGAAAAAGUAUCUGUUGAAACAAAAAAACAGGAAUCUGGUUCUCUAACCUGUGCCACCCCAUGCUGCCAUGCUGCUGACAUAGCUGACAUUAAGAAUUAUCUUGUCACUAUCAGUGCUAGACUGGACAUUUUGGAAUCCAAAGCAAAACACCCUGGGAAACAGAAUUUUAUCCCUGCUCCUGAGAUGAGCUUUCCUGUAGCUUUGAACAAUGUACAUGUUAAAAGUACCUUUUGUCCUGCUCCUAAUGACUCACAAUUUGACGAAUCCCUUCAAAAAUUUGUAACAUUUGAUGAAUCAGUCACCAGUAAUUCCUCCACUUCCUCUGUUUCUACCUCAGCAGAAGAUAAUGAGGAUGCCAUUAAGAAUUUCCUUAAGACAGUUCAAGAGAGGUUACAUGAUACGAGAUCUUUUUUGAGAACAUACGAUACAUCUUAACUUAGCUUUUCUUGGUUAUGAGCUAGUAGAAAAUAUUCUUUAUAGAGGAACAUAUAAUUAUAUCAUUAAAUUAUGUUAUGACACUGUAGCUGUAGUGAAUAAAUUUGACCAAAUUAAAGUAACGUUAUCUUUAACAAGCAAAUUCAGACAAUAUUUUUCACAUUAUUAUGUAUUUUUAUUUAUAAUAUUUUCACGCCUGUAGCACCUCCUUUGCCUGGUUGACGAUUAUAUCAAUUCAAUAAACAUGACUAUUUUGGUGUGUUUGUUUUUCUUAAAUGUAUAGGGAAGGUGCUGAUUUUAUCACACAGUUUGUUUUUAUUAUAAAAUUGUAAAUAAAGCUUGCACAUCACCAAAUCAGCUGUAGGUAAUGUGUACAGGAUCAUAAACAUGUUAAAUGUAACUUUGACCAGACUUUCUUUAUUUCA